UUUUAAAUGUGCGCGCCCCGGUGUUUCUUAGUGUGACCGUAUCUAAGGGAUUCUGACUCUGGCCACACUAAGCCAACAAUUCGACGUGCCGACAAAAAAUGUGUUUUUGUUUUUAAUUAAAAUAAUUAAAAAGCAGAGAGUUUCAAUUAAAAUCAAAGAUUUGUUUAUAGCCAUGCCGAAGGAACAGUUUCGUGCUUCAGCGCUAAAUAAGAAAAUCUCACAUGUGCAGUUUGGUGUCAGUGGAGCUGACCAGAUCCAGCAGGAGUCGCUGGUCCGGAUCAUCUCGAAGAAUUUGUACCAGGCACAACGACAACCAGUGCCCUAUGGCGUCCUGGAUCGCCGGAUGGGCAUCAGCACCAAGGAUGCCGUCUGCGAAACCUGUGGGCAGGGUCUGAACGAGUGCAUCGGUCACUUUGGUUACAUGGAUCUGGCCCUGCCCGUUUUCCAUAUUGGACACUUUCGCUCCACGAUUAAUAUCCUGCAGAUGAUAUGCAAGUCAUGUGCCCAUGUAAUGCUUAAGAUGGAGGAUCGCAAUAUUUUCGAAAAGAAGUUGCACAAUCCGAAUUUCUCGUACUUGGGCAAGAAGGCUCUGCAUGCCCAGAUGCUGGCCAAGGCCAAGAAGGUGACCAAGUGUCCGCAUUGUGCCGCCCCCAAUGGGGGUGUGAAGAAGGGUCCCGGUCUGCUAAAGAUUCUGCAUGAUCCGUACAAGGGACGCAAAGUGGAUGCCAUCUAUAAGAAUACCUUGGAGGAGAUGCUGCGCUCCACGGAGCUAAAUCGCGAUCUUAAUCUCACACUUAGCAAUUACAGCACGGCCGAGGAACUGACGCCCCUGAUGGUGCUCGAUCUAUUCGAACAGAUACCUCAGAAGGAUGUGCCCUUGCUGGGCAUGUGUUCCCGGGGUGCCCAUCCCAAGCAUUUGAUAGUUACGAGAGUGUUUGUCCCUCCCGCUUGCAUACGGCCUUCUGUUCUGUCCGAUGUCAAGGCAGGCACAACCGAAGAUGACCUCACAAUGAAGCAAAGUGAGAUUCUCCUCAUCAACGAUGUGAUUCAACGGCAUAUGGCCACGGGCGGAAAGAUCGAACUCAUCCACGAAGACUGGGAUUUUCUGCAGUUGCAUGUGGCCCUCUAUUUCCACAGCGAGAUCAGUGGAAUUCCCCUCAAUAUGGCGCCCAAGAAGACCAUGCGAGGCAUAGUCCAACGUCUGAAGGGUAAACAGGGCCGCUUCCGUGGUAAUCUCUCUGGCAAACGUGUGGAUUUCAGUGGACGCACUGUGAUCUCACCGGAUCCCAAUCUGAUGAUCAAUCAGGUGGGUGUUCCGGUGCGAGUUGCCCGCAUCCUUACCUAUCCGGAGCGUGUCAAUCCGGCCAAUAUACGUCACAUGAAGCAACUUGUUCGGAAUGGUCCAAGUCUUCAUCCGGGAGCCAAUUACGUCCAGCAGCGUGGUUCCAGCUUCAAGAAGUAUCUGGCCUAUGGUAAUCGCGAGAAGGUAGCCCAGGAACUGAAAUGCGGCGAUAUAGUGGAACGGCAUUUGCGGGACGAUGACAUUGUCCUGUUCAAUCGCCAGCCCUCGCUCCACAAGAUGUCCAUUAUGUGCCAUCGAGCCAAGGUGCAGCCGCAGCGAACGUUCCGCUUCAAUGAGUGUACCUGCACGCCGUACAAUGCCGAUUUCGAUGGGGAUGAGAUGAAUCUGCACUUGCCACAGACCGAGGAGGCCCGAGCCGAGGCCAUUAUUCUGAUGGGCAAUCAAUCGAAUCUGGUUACACCCAAGAAUGGUGAGAUUCUGAUUGCCGCAACCCAGGACUUCAUCACCGGUGGCUAUUUGCUCACCCAGAAGGAGGUUUUCCUUACCAAAGAAGAGGCCAUGCAAUUGGCCGCCUGCUUUUUAUCCAAUGACGACUCUACCAUGCGUAUCCAAAUGCCCCCACCGGCCAUCCUGAAGCCCCGACGGCUUUGGACGGGCAAACAGAUCUUUAGCCUGCUAAUGCGUCCCAAUAGCGACUCCCCCAUACUCCUCAACAUGGUCUGCAAGGGUCGCAACUAUGCCGGCAAUCUGGAUCUCUGUAACAAUGACUCAUGGGUUCACAUACGCAACUCGGAACUGAUGUGCGGGGUAAUGGACAAGGCCACCUUGGGAUCGGGCACCAAACAAUGCAUCUUCUAUUUACUUCUCCGUGAUUUUGGCGAAGCAUUUGCCACCAAGGCCAUGUGGCGUUUAGCCAGGAUUGCCUCGUUCUUUAUACAGAAUCGUGGCUUCUCCUUUGGCAUUAGCGAUGUGACGCCCAGCAAGAAGCUACUGCAGCACAAACAGGUGCUGCUCGAUCGCGGCUAUGCCAAGUGCAAUGAGUACAUUGACAAACUGAAGGCGGGAACACUGCAAUGCCAGCCUGGUUGUUCGCCGGAUGAGACAUUGGAGGCGGUUAUGCUGCGCGAGUUGUCCGGCAUACGUGAGCAGGCGGCCAAGACUUGUUUCGCUGAGCUGCAUCCCACGAAUAGUGCCCUGAUCAUGGCACUGAGUGGUUCGAAGGGUUCCAAUAUCAAUAUCUCUCAGAUGAUUGCUUGUGUGGGUCAGCAGGCCAUAAGUGGCAAGCGUGUGCCCAAUGGUUUUGAGGAUCGUGCUCUGCCCCAUUUCGACAAACAUUCUGCCAUACCAGCGGCUCGUGGUUUUGUGCAAAACAGUUUCUAUUCGGGCCUAACACCCACCGAAUUCUUCUUUCACACCAUGGCUGGGCGUGAGGGUCUGGUGGAUACGGCUGUGAAAACUGCCGAGACUGGCUAUUUGCAGCGUCGUCUGGUCAAGUGUCUGGAGGAUCUGGUGGUCCACUAUGAUGGCACCGUACGAAAUGCCAUCAACGAAAUGGUCGAUACUAUUUAUGGUGGCGAUGGUCUUGAUCCCGUUUCCAUGGAGACACGAAACAAGCCUGUGGAUCUGGUCCAUCAGUAUGAUAAUCUGCGUGCCCAAAAGCCACGUGGCGAACAGAAGCCACUCUCAUCCACAGAGAUUCUUUCUGAAGUGGAAACGAUACUCAAGCAGCCUGAAUUUGCAGAGGCCCGAUCCGACUUCAAGGCGGAUGUGAACAAACAUCUGAACAGUGUGGCAAAACGUAUUGAGGGCAUUCACAAGAAGUAUUUGGCCCACGGUGAUUUGUGCCAUCAAAUUGAAGCGGUUAGUGGCGAACAGUUGUUGGAAUACCUGCGUCGCAUCAACGAACGCUACAAUCGAGCUGUCAGCGAACCGGGCACUGCUGUGGGUGCCAUUGCCGCCCAGAGUAUAGGUGAGCCCGGCACACAGAUGACCCUGAAAACGUUCCAUUUCGCUGGCGUUGCCUCGAUGAACAUUACCCAGGGAGUGCCCCGCAUUGUGGAGAUUAUCAAUGCCACCAAGACCAUAUCGACCCCAAUUAUAACCGCUGAACUGCGAAAUAACACCAGCAUGGAGUAUGCCCGCCAGGUGAAGGCCCGCAUCGAGAAGACAACGCUGGGGGAACUCUCAUCCUAUGUGGAAGUGGUGUGUCGCGCUUUCAGCUGCCAUCUGGUUAUUGGCAUCGAUAUGGCGCGCAUUAAGGUGCUGGGACUGCACAUCAAUCUGGACACCAUUGUGGCCAGCAUAUUGAAGUCACGUUUGCGCAUCAAGCCGAAUCAGGUGGAGGUGGCCUCCAAGAGUUCGCGCAUCAUUGUGCGUGUGGAGGCAACACGAACAGCCACCAUCAAUGCGGAACUCUCCCGUUUGGCCAUUAGCAUCCAAAAUGUUGUGGUCGCCGGCCUGCCCAACAUAAAUCGAGCUGUCAUAGCAGUCGACGACACCGUCCAGCCGCACACCUACAAGCUGUGCAUCGAGGGCUACGGCCUGCGCGAAGUCAUUGCCACGUACGGCAUUAUUGGCAAACGGACGCGGAGUAACAACAUUUGCGAAGUCUUUCAGACGCUGGGCAUCGAGGCGGCACGCACCAUCAUAAUGAGCGAGAUCACGGACGUGAUGGAGGGACACGGCAUGAGUGUCGAUUCGCGGCACAUUAUGCUCCUGGCCAGCCAGAUGACAGCCCGCGGUGAAGUGUUGGGCAUUACGCGGCAUGGUCUGGCCAAGAUGCGGGAAAGUGUUUUCAAUUUGGCAUCGUUUGAGAAAACAGCCGAUCAUCUGUUUGAUGCCGCCUACUAUGGCCAGACGGAUGCUGUCAAUGGUGUAUCCGAGCGUAUUAUUCUCGGCAUGCCAGCUGGCAUUGGCACGGGAAUCUUCAAGCUACUGCAACACCACGAGGACAAGGAGGUUCCACCCAUCGAGCCGACCAUAUUCGGUAGCUUGGGCCUGAAGCCAGUUUUCUAGCAGCACGAAAAGACGCCGCUCACUCCACUCAGUUCCUGUGACUAUUCUAGUGCGUACAUUAGUUCUUACAAUUAGUAAUUAGUCACUUACAAUAAAAUCAAGUGCCGGACACAACCUCAGGUUGGGCUUCUAUCAUGAUCUUAAUGCAAAAUGGUCUAGACCUAAGACUCGACUGACUGUUUUGACUGGUUUUAUGCUGUUAUUUAUAUUUUUAAAUACAAUUGUUAACCAAAUUGGCAGCAAAUUUACUCGACACCUUUUAAAUAAUAAAUAUUUAAAGUCAAAUCAA